AUGCCAGUCUCUCCGAGUUCAGCUACAUUCAUCUGCACUCGCUGUUUGCGAGCAAGAGCCAGGCCGAAUGUUUUAGGUUUUGCUUCUAAACGCGGCUUCGCAAAUUCGCCACACCACCUGGACAACGGCAGCUCAUCUACCCGCCAUGAGGAGAAAGAGCAGGGAGCAUUAUCGGCGCGGCUGCAGCAGAUGAGCGAAGAAGCGCUCGAGUCCGGCGGAUAUGGCGCUAGAAAGGCAAUUGAAGAGGCGGGUUUCGAUCCAGAGCUCAAGCGGAAACUCGAAGAACGCAUUGCUGGGGCAAACUUCAAAAGCAAGAACGCCAGCGCUUUGGCGCAAGCUGAGCUUCCAAAAAGUGCUGGUAGAGGGACGAGGGAUAUUGCAGGGGCGGCGCCGUGGACAGGCACCGAGUCUGUUGAAGACACCUCACUACGAAUGCUACACGACGCACAUAAGCCAUUGCGCGUGCCCCGAGGCUCUUUGGCUCCGCGCGGAGCACCGGUGAAAGUUGACACAGGCCGAUCCAGGAAUGAGCCGUCAUCGGGAGCUCGGCUGGCGAACGCACGCGACCGUACAUCAAUCUACACUAUAAUGAAAGACUCUGGCAUGACAGCUGAGGAGAGAGAGCAGUAUCGCAAGGAAAUGAAGGCGCGUUUCGCGCCUGAAGCUCGCAGCAUACCGGCGACAUUGCAAGGUCUGGCAUCCCUUGCGAACGAGCGAAUCGAAGAUGCCAUUGCCCGAGGCCAAUUCAAAAACCUCCCUCGUGGCAAGCACAUCGAAAGAGACUACCAAGCUAGCAGUCCCUUUAUUGACACGACCGAGUAUCUCAUGAACAAGAUGAUUCAACGACAGGAUAUUGUACCUCCGUGGAUAGAGAAGCAACAGGAGCUUAUUAGCACAGCGAACAAAUUCAGAGCUCGGCUCCGCAAUGAUUGGAAGAGGCAUGCUGCACGGAUGAUUGCGAGCAAGGGCGGGUCGCUGGAGACGCAAAUACAGCGUGCCAAAGCGUAUGCUGCGGCUGAAGCCAUCAUCAAUCCGCAGAAGAAGAAAGUGGAACAAGUAAACUCCGUAGACUCGCAAGGUCAUCUGUCUCAGAUUACCUUGACAGGGGAACUUAAAGUCUCAAGCACCCCCGGUCAGGAUAAUGCGAACAAUCACAUAGAGAUCAAGGAGACGUCAUCGGUUGAGAAAUCGCACCUGGCGUUCAUAGAAGACAAUGAUGUCGACGAAGCUACACGAGCGCCUGAAGACAAUCCUGCAAGCCCGGUGCAACCUGCGCCGCAGGUUUUUCGUGAUCCAACAUGGGAGGCCAACGAACGUUCCUUUCACAAACUGUCGAUCGAGAAUCUCAAUUCGCUUUGUCGCUCAUACAAUCUGAUGGCUCCGCAAAUGGCGCAGAGGCCGUACUACAAUUUGGAACGAGAGUUGAAGAGCUGCUUUGCAGAAGUGGCACCUCAGCUGGCCGACGAAAUCAGAGAACGUGCGACAAAGCGCAAGGUCAACGUGGAAGUGAUUGGUCACCGGCCUGGCAGCUUUCUUGAGCAGGCCUUUCAGGCUGAGAACACGCGAGUUUUCGACGAAAACUUGAAGGUGAAGGGGUACGGCUUCAGGCAGUUUUGGAAAGAUCUGUGGAAUAGAAACAAAGACAAGAAUGGUGUUUCAUGA